CGAGGAAUGAGUGAGGAAGAAGCAUCGCUACCUUCACCAGCAAAGCCGCCAGCGUCGGCAUCGGCAUUGGCCAGCCGCUCCCCCCGCAAGUCGCUGUGCCCCUCGUUCUUUCCCUUCUCGUGGUGCUGCGGCCUCGAGGCGACCAGCGGGGUAGUGGACAAGGGAGAGAUAGUGUAUAAUCCCGAGGAUGACUCGCGGGCCUUGGUGAGGAUGCUUGACUCGGCGCAGAACGAGGCGAGGGACAUCGUAGCGAAGGCACGACAGAGGAGGCGGGAGCUCAUGAGGCGGUGCGAGAAGGAGGCGGAGGAAGAGACCCACCACUUCAUGUGAGGGAGGGAGCAAGGGAGCGAGAGCGAGGACCAGGAUGAAGUCAUUCGUUCGGUUUGCAUGCUGUGCUGUGCUGCAGGGACGAGACUCAGAGGAACUUUGAGAUUUUUCGCGUCAAGGUGCGUACGUACGGAAGCCGCCAGCCAUACAACACUCACUCACUCUCUCACUGGCAUGGGGUGUCUGCAUCCACCCACGUCUGACAAACACGUGUGUGUGUGUGAUUGCCAUGCAGACCAAGUCGCACAUGAUGGAUGACGCCCAGCUGCACGACACGCGGGCGGAGCAGGACGUCGAGGCCAUGCGCAGAGAGGCACCCGCUAGACAACACACGGCCGUCAGCUUUGCCAUAAGUAAACAAACAAACAAACAAACCAGCCGCACACCGCCAGUACCGCCCAUGGAUGCCGUGUUGUCUGUGUGUGUCUAUCAGGUGCAGUGACGUCCGUCAAGCUGGAGCUUCCCGCGCCGGCCCGAGAGCAGCUGAGGCGGCAGGUGCAGGCCGCUCAGGCAGAGAAGGAGAGGCGGCUUAGGCAGACAGGGUGCUUCGGCAUGAGACGGCCUAAGCGACCCAGGGGCAAUCCAAAGUGAGGCAAGAUACUCGAGGUGGGCCACGACGGUGUUGGUGGUGUUGGUGGUGGGAGGUUCCCCACCAGGAGCAAUCGGUCGGCCGGGAGGGUGGGUUGCAUUCGUUGGUCGUUUUGGUGAAACCAGGGGCGAGAUUGCCUUGCUUAUUGCCACUUACUCGGGCACAGUCUUGCAGCUCGAGUGAGUCCUUCCGCGAGUCAGUCAGUCAGUCAGUCGUGUGUGUGAGGACAUUCAUCGUCUUUUUGCUCUCGUGUGUGC